GAGAUCCACGACACAAAUUAUAAUAGGUCGUACCCGCUUUACUAUGCACUAACCUCUCUGCCUGUACCGUAACGUUCGGCUUCAUAGAGCUCGGACAUCUGCUAUUGCUUAUCUGGUGCCACUCCGGUGCUUCAUUUUUUCUCUGCGGCUGGUCGCGAUGCAAGGGUGCGACUAUGAAGUUUUCUUGAGCUUCAGGGGACCGGACACGCGCACGGGCUUCACCGAUCAUCUCUAUACCCGUCUCACAGAUGCAGGAGUCCGUACGUACAGAGACGACGAAGAACUCUGUGUCGGCGAAGAGAUCGGCCCGGAUCUGCUCGGGGCGAUUGAGCAGUCGAAGAUCUCCAUACCCAUCUUCUCUAAAAAUUAUGCUUCCAGUAAAUGGUGUCUGAAGGAAUUGGCCAAAAUGGUGGAGUGUCGGAAAAGAAAGGGACAGGUAAUCAUGCCCGUUUUCUACUAUGUCGAACCAUCCGAGGUUCGAUACCAAACCGGAGAUUACGGGGAGUCCUUGCUUGUGCACGGAAACAAGAAGCGAGUGGACGAUGAGACCAUCCGAAAUUGGAGAGCUGCCCUCAAUGAGGUUGGAGGGUUAAAGGGAUGGAACGUAGAAAACGUGGCUAGCAGGCACGAAGGACAACUAGUUAAAGAGAUGGUUACCACGGUUUUAAGUGAGCUGAAGACGGCUUGUUUGGUGGUUAGUGACUUCUUGGUUGGUGUUGACGACCGUGUGAAAGAAGUUCUGGGGAUGAUAGGCACCGAGAUUGACGAUGCAAAGAUUGUGGGAAUCCACGGAAUGGGUGGCAUCGGAAAAACUACUCUUGCCAAAGUAGUGUACGACAAGAUUUCUCGGGACUUUGAGAACCGUUGCUUUCUUGCUGAUGUUAAAGAAACUUCACGUUCAAAAGGAAUCGAGUGUUUGCAGACUCAACUAAUCUCAAACCUCUCGAGACCGGGACAGGGACACCCAAGUAUCAAUUCGAAGGAUGAGGGAAUAAUGACGAUAGAAGAGAGAUUUUCAACUAAGAAAGUUCUUAUUCUUCUCGAUGAUGUUGAUGAAAAGGAUCAAUUGACUGCACUUUUAGGGAGGCGAGGUUGCUUUGGUCUAGGAAGUCGGAUACUUAUAACAACAAGAAAUCUAAAUGUUCUACGUGCAUUCAAAGUAAAAUUGACUUAUUUAGUUGGUUGUUUGGAUCCCGAUAGAUCCCUUCAGCUAUUCAGCAAGCAUGUUUUCGGAAGAGAUCACCCUCCAAAUGAGAAGAUGGAACAGUCUAGAGAAAUUGUGAAGAUAGCCGAAGGUCUUCCAUUGAUUCUAGAGGUUAUGGGUUCGACUUUGUCAAUAUGUGGACAAAAAGAAGAAAUGUGGGAUGAUUACUUGGUGAAGUGGAAAAAAGGUCACAUCAAGGGGAUUGGAAAUAAGUUGAUGAUAAGUUAUGAAACAUUGGAUUUUGGUCAGAGACAAAUAUUUCUUGAUAUAGCUUGUCUUUUCGAUGGAUACGAUUAUAGUGCAAUAAAGUGCAUGUGGAGAGAUUGUGGUUUUUGCCCAACAGAAGGUCUUGAAGUUCUUCGAUUGAUGUCAUUGAUAAAAAUUGGAGACGAUAAUAAGUUGUGGAUGCACGAUCAACUCAAAGAUCUUGGUAGAGAAAUUGUUUCUCAAGAAAGUGGGGGCCAAUUAAAUAAGCAAAGCAGACUAUGGAAUCAUGAGGAGGCAUUGAAGAUACUACUGAGCGAGAAGAGAAAUGCAAAGCUUGAAGCCCUCUGUUUGAAGUUUGAGAAAUGGUCAAAGUAUCGGUUCACUCUUGAAGGAUUUGCAGCUCUUCCAAAUCUAAGAUUCCUUCAUGUGGAUAGCGCUUCCCUCUCUCAUGAUAGAGUUGAGCGUUUUUUAUCGCAAGCUACACUUCUUUGGCAUAACAAGUCCCCGAUCACGUCGCCUACGGAUUUUUCACCGAUUGAGAACCGACUCCUUCCCAAUUUAAGAUGGCUCUCUUGGCAUUAUUUUCCUCGGCGGAUACUCAAGUUAAGCAAUUUUCCGUUGACAAAUUUGGUCGUUCUUGAUUUUUCAAGGAGUACAAUUACUCACGAUUGGGACGGAUGGAGACAUAUUAAGAGAGCAAAGAAAUUAAAAGUUCUUGACCUUUCGAGAUGUGAGCACUUGACCAAGACUCCCGAUUUCUCCGGAUUCCCGAUGUUAGAGAGAUUGAUUCUCAAAAGGUGUUACAAAUUGACUGAAGUCGACUCAUCAAUCGGUCAACUAAAGCGCUUGAUUUUCUUGAACUUGCGCGAUUGUUGGAAUCUGCAUUAUCUGCCAGAUGAGCUGGGAAUCACCGAGUUACCCGAGUCUAUGGAGAGUCUGGAGAAUCUAAAAGUAUUGAAGUUAACGCGUAUAUCAGCCCUCCCAAAGCUUCCAGAAAGCUUGAUUUCUCUGGCAAUCGCAUCUCAUGUCCCAAUGGCCGAUACCGAUCUUUCCAACUUGAUCAAUCUGAAACUACUGUUGCUCGACGCCACAGCGCCUGAGAUCUCUAGCCCAUCUGAGUCGGCGCAAGUUCACAAGCUUUGGUGGAUUGGGAGAUUAUCCAAACUGGAAGUUUUGACCCUGGGUCACCAAAGCAUUACUGACCUACCUCCUGAAUUAGGUGCGCUUCCUCACUUGAAGACUCUUCAGCUUUUAAGAUGCCCCGCAUUGAAAUGCAUUCCGCAGAUUCCCUCGAGUGUCACAAAGCUUCAUGUUGUAAUAUGCCCGUCGCUAACCACACUUGAUAUCUCAAACUUGAAGAACCUAUCGGAAUUCUUUGUCUUUGACUCACCAGCCGAGGAUCUCUAUGGGCGUGAACUUUCAGACAGUCUGGAGGAACUACUGAAGGCACAGAUUGAAGCUGCUUCAAAGCAUAAGGAGCUGACUGAGGUUCAUGGUGCAUGGCUCCCACAUUGGCUGGCGGUACAUCUUUCUCAAUUUCAGUCCUUCAUCGUGUUGCACUGGAAUGUACAUGGAAAACCUGUGAUGAAUAUUAUUAUUCAGAAGAUUUCUCAAUCUGCAAAGUGGGCUGAACCUCACCUUGAGACAAUGAAGAUGGAGUGGAUUGCAGCAUUAAAGGAGCACUACUUGACAGUAGAAACCUCUUUCAAGCGGCAUCUGCAUUCUCUGGCUACAAAAACCCUUGAGGUUUGUGAGUCAUCUAAGAGUGCUCUGGCUCCACACUUGAUUAAUGUUAAGGAAGUUGACGAUCCCUAUUACCAGGUGGAUAAGAUAUGA